UGGCAACCCUAUUGCUGACGCCGCAAUCAAACGCCAACAAAUUUGUUUACAUCCAAAGAAAUGCUAAUAAAUCAUUUAAUAUUCGUAUUAUUAAUUAGUUUGGUAGGAACAGGAGGUGCAGAAGAUGACGGACUUUGCAGUGCCGAUCAAAAAUCCUGUGCACAAAAUGAAUCCGAGCAAAUAAAUGAGGAUGAAUUUAGCUUCAAGAUACGUCGCCAGAUCGAGAAAGCUAACGCCGACUACAAGCCGUGCAGCAGUGAUCCCCAGGACAGCGACUGCUCCUGCCACGCGGAUGUUCUGAAGCGGGAUCUCGCGCCCUACAAGUCAACAGGUGUCACCCGGCAGAUGAUCGAGAGUUCGGCGCGGUACGGCACCAAAUACAAGAUCUACGGACAUCGCCUGUACCGGGAUGCCAACUGCAUGUUCCCAGCCCGCUGCGAGGGCAUUGAGCACUUCUUGCUGCCGCUGGUGGCGACGCUGCCCGACAUGGACUUGGUCAUCAAUACCAGGGACUAUCCGCAGCUGAAUGCGGCGUGGGGCAACGCGGCUGGUGGUCCCGUGUUCUCGUUCUCCAAGACAAAGGAGUACCGCGACAUCAUGUACCCAGCGUGGACAUUCUGGGCGGGAGGACCGGCCACCAAGCUGCAUCCUCGUGGCAUUGGACGCUGGGAUCAGAUGCGCGAGAAGCUGGAGAAGCGGGCGGCAGCUAUUCCGUGGUCACAGAAACGCAGUCUGGGUUUCUUUCGAGGUUCACGCACCUCGGACGAACGUGAUUCUCUGAUUCUGCUCUCGCGUCGCAAUCCGGAGCUAGUCGAGGCUCAAUACACCAAAAAUCAGGGCUGGAAGUCGCCCAAGGAUACACUGGACGCACCGGCCGCUGAUGAGGUCUCCUUCGAGGACCACUGCAAGUACAAGUACUUGUUCAAUUUCCGCGGUGUGGCUGCCAGUUUUCGGCUGAAGCACUUGUUCCUCUGCAAGUCGCUGGUCUUCCAUGUGGGCGACGAGUGGCAGGAGUUCUUCUACGACCAACUGAAGCCCUGGGUGCACUAUGUGCCGCUCAAGAGCUACCCCAGUCAGCAGGAGUAUGAGCACAUCUUGUCAUUCUUCAAGAAAAACGAUGCGCUGGCCCAGGAGAUCGCCCAGCGUGGAUACGACUUCAUCUGGGAGCAUCUGCGCAUGAAGGACAUCAAGUGCUACUGGCGCAAGCUGCUCAAGCGAUAUGUGAAGCUGCUGCAAUACGAGGUUAAGCCGGAGGAUCAACUAAUUUACAUAGGGCCCAAAAAGGAUGAGCUGUAGCGAUGAGGAAGCUCUCUCACUUCUCAUUUUGUAUUAAGUUGCUUAGAGCAGCGUGAAUCUCUCUGUCCGCAUUCCAUGCAGUUUUGAUGUCCAAGAUUUGGAGAACAACUCGAAUAUAUUCCUAUUUUUAGAUAGCAUUUUUACAAUCUUUAUAACAAUCGAAAGCUAUUUGUUUUAAGACUCAAAGUUUAAAAUAUAUUUGGAAGAAAUA